CAUUCCAUGGCCCAGGGGCACCAGCCCAGAUAGAAUAGACUAUCAGCCCAUGAACAAAACAAGUCCAAUCACUCUCGUCGCCCCUUUCCUGCCGCCACCGCCGCCGCUGAAGGGCGCUCAUGGCGCGGUGGUCGUCUCCGAAGGACCCGGCUCUGGAGGCGGCCCUCCGCCGCAACCGGCGCUGGAUCGUGAACAACCAGAUCAAGCGCCUCCUCCUCCGCUUCCCGUCCCGCUCCGCCCCCGUCCGCCUCCUCCAGUCCCGCUUCAAGACGCUCGACCUCCUCGGCCGCGCCGCCAACUGGCUCCGCAAGUACCCCUCCUGCUUCGAGCUCUUCACCGGCGAAGGUCCGGCCGGGAGCGGCGGAGAGCUCUGCUUCGGCUUCACCAAGCGGAUGGCGGAGCUCGUCGACGCCGAGGAGGCCGCCGUCACCGCGUCCGAGCCGGCCAUGGCCGACCGCCUCGCGCGCGUGCUCAUGCUCGCCCGCGGCCGCCGCCUCCCGGUAUCCAAGCUCGCCGCGCUCCGCGGCCCGCUCGGCCUCCCCGAUGACUACCUCCUCCGCAUCCUCCCCGCCCACACCGAUCUCUUCCGCCUCGCCAACCCGUACCCUCAUCGCCGCAACGCGGCAGAGCUGGAGCUGCUCCGAUGGGUCCCUUCCCGCGCGGUCUCUGCCGUCGAGGCCGCUGCCUCGGCGAGCAACUCCCUCCCGCGGUUCACCUGCUCAUUGCCGUCCUCUUGGGCCAAGUCCCACGACAGGAUGGAGGACUUCAACUCCACACCCUACAUUUCGCCCUACUCGGAGGACGGGGCGGUGGCUGGUACAGACGCAGAGGCUGAGAAGCGUGCCGUGGCUGUGGUUCACGAGCUUCUUUCGCUCACCUUGUGGAAGAAGAUUUCGAUUAUGAAGCUAGAACACUUCAGAUGGGAGUUUGGGCUGCCAGAAGACACAGCUAGGAUGCUGCUCCGUCAUUCUUGCCUCUUCUACGUGUCGAAUCGAUACAAGAUUCACACGGCAGUGCUCCGUGAGUAUUACGAGGGGUCUGAGCUGAGGGUGAAGGAUCCACUGGUGGUGGCAAAGGAUAGACUUGGGGAACUGAUGCAGGAGGGUCUGCAUGAAUUUAAUCAGCGGCGACGUGCUGCGAAUUUGGAGAAGAAGAGGAGGCAAGGUGAGGUUGAUGUGAAGAAGGAAGAAGAGGAGCUCGAAGAUGAGUCAGGGGUACUGUUGGAUAGUGCGGAGAAGAGGGAGGAAAGACGGAGGUUUUACAAGGUUUUAUUUGGUGAUGAUGAUAACCGGUGAUUGAUGUAUGUAAGCCUGAUGCCCCUCUUAGCAAAUUGUUGAACGAACGAUGAUAUCUUGUGAUGCACUAAAGCAAUAAGAGUGACAUUGUUACGAAA